AUGAAUUCCACACCAAACCGUGAAAAGAUAUUGUUGAACUUAAAGUGGUUCGUACACAGAACUGUGAAGUCUUUCGAGGGAAAAUUGACUCAUGCUCUGUCCCGUCACGCUUCCUCAGGAAAUAUAUCAUCUACACGCUCAUCCCCAGUUCGUGCGCCCGGUAACCAUUUACGCAUCGACUCCCCACCAUUAUUAUCAGAGAACAACGAACUCCCACUAUUGCGUCAGCUGCUAGAGGACCAGUUUCAUCACCAAAGUAAGAUGUCUCCAGUCGUUGAACCAUGUCGCCAGAGUGAUCUGCUAACCAAGAAGCGCAACUCAGUGGGUAAACAAAAGUCUCCAUUGAUGCGUAUCAGGUCUCUCACAAACUCCCCGUUAUUCCGACGACUAUCAUUCACAAGCAACAGUCAAUCACACGAUUUAGUCUCCCCUGAGAAAUUUCAAGAUGGCUCUAGUCAAGUACAGGAUGAGGCACAUUUAGAUGGUUACAGCAAUAGCGCAACAGAAAAACUCCUUCAAUGGCCAUGUUCCUCCAAUCCUCAAAGUCCGACUGAUCUAGCAAUAUUGCGGAGAUUUCCCGUACAAGCAUCGUACCAGCUAUACUCAUUCUAUGAACAAACCAGUGAGUCGCAGAGAUGUAAGUGGAUAUCAUCAUUCGCCCAGCAGUUGUGUAUCAUUUAUGAAUACCAAUUAAGUAUGCUACGUGGCCUCACAGCUAUACAUGCCGCAGCAGAUUACGUCGUCGAUGUCGUGUUAAAAGCCAUCAAACUGGGAAAGAUAACGACCACAACUGGAGAAGUGUUGACACCUAUGUUGCUUUUCGAUGAAGAUUGCCGUCCUAGUAGUUACUGUAAAUGCGUCAAAACCAUCCCACUUGCCAUUACAAAUGAACAACUAACUUGGCGACUGGGCGAAAUUUGGACGCUAGCAGGUCUGCGACAUAACGAGGUUGGUGGAGAAAACUGUCACAACCUAAGUAUUGUUACACAUUUUUUGUCAGCAGGCUCAACAGCAGAAGGUUAUAGCAGGUCAGAUAUUUAUGGCUACCGAAACCUUAUUCUGUUUUUUCGUGGAUCGCAAGAAACUGGUGAUAAUAUAAACGGAUCAGAUUCCAAGCAGAAGACUGGUUCACACAAUUCUUCGCAUUCGUAUUACGAUAUUGCCUCCAAUGACUUCUUGACAAUUUCAAGUAGCAAAGUAAGGACGGGGAGUGCCGAUGAAACCCCAAAAAAGAAUGGAUACAGUGGCGUUUCAGACUCCAAAGAGAGCCCCAUCUCCCCAGAUUUAUCACACUGUCCAAAAGCAUCUCCCGAGCUCAGUUCGUACCAGCAUGGAAGAAAGCAAACUCAUAUGUCCGGUGCUUCCACAAUACGACAACAUUUGCACCGUGCCUACCGUCCAGUAUUCUUUGUUAUCUACAAUCGACCAAGUGUGAUAGAACAUUUAACGGAAUGCGACUCAUUUGCAGCCUUUUGCAAACGACAGUCUCUUAGCCCUGUUAUGUUUCUUAAUCAACCGACAAGCAUUUUUGACGAAAAACCAUAUCCAUGCAUAUACCAAUACUUCGAUCUAUUCAACGUUACCGUAUCCGGUUACGUCGGUGCAGAUUCCAGUACACCAGUUCCUUUUUCUGACGUUUACAGCAAACCGCCUUUAACCCCAACCAGCCAAAACAUACUAAAAGGUAGCAAAAACGUGAUAAUGUCUUUCCCGUAUCUCACGCAACAAAACAUUGCUGCUUAUGAUAAUCCGGGAUUUGCUCGAUAA